AAGCACUUAUUUAGUAAAAUCAACAUUCCAGAAAAUAGGAUUUUGGCAAUAGAUCCCUCUUUACCUGUGGAGGAAUGUGCUAAUGAUUAUGCUGGCAAACUAAGUAAGGCCUUUAGCACAGAACAAAUUCCAGUUUUUGACAUGCUGUUGCUGGGCAUGGGACCAGAUGGACACACCUGCUCUCUUUUUCCAGACCAUCCUUUAUUACAGGAAACCCAGAGGACAGUGGCACCCAUCAGUGAUUCUCCUAAACCACCCCCUCAGCGUGUUACCUUGACGUUGCCAGUUGUCAAUGCUGCUCGAUGUGUUGUUUUUGUAUCAACUGGGGGCAGCAAAGCUCCAGUACUGAAG